GCGGGCUCCACUUCCGGCCCAGGCCUGUGCCCCGGAAGUAGUUGCGCGGCGCGGGCCUGCGGGACCGGCGGGGAGGCCGGCGGGGCGCGUCGCCAUGUUCCUGUCGGCGGUCGCCCUUGCCAAGAGCAAGUCAAAAGUCAUUCUGGUGAGGAUGUUGAGCGAAGCUGGGACCGGCUACUCCUUCAACACAAAGAGAAGCCGGUUAAGGGAGAAACUGACUCUGUUGCAUUAUGAUCCAAUUGUGAGGAAAAAAGUUCUUUUUGUGGAACAGAAAAAAAUACGCUCCCUCUAAACAAUGGAUUGAGAACGAGUUUGAUUUAUAAAUGAGAAGACCGAGGGCGGGAUACUGAUUCAGAAAAUCUGCAGCCUGUGGAGAAAGAAGAGGAAACGGCGUGGAAUCAGGGGCCCCUGUGGGUCGUGGCCAUUGUGGAGGCGAACAAUGCCGUGAGAGCAAGUUCUUCGUCCGAGGACACAGAUCAUUGCAUCACGUUUAUUUAUCUUUCUGGGUAUUUUUAUAGCCCUUAAUAAAAAAAUAUUAAAAUA